AGUGCAUUUUGUGAUGUGCUGCGCACAGUGUCGCUGUUCUCCAUGAAACGCAUUUUACAUCUCUCCCCUACACUCAUUAAGGAGAUAGGAUCAGUCCUUUGUGUGUCUGCCACAGAAUCUUUCAGUUCAACAUUUUGAACGACUUUACGCCUUACGCAUCGUUAUAACGUUUGAAAUUAGUGCAUUUUACAUUCACAAACUGUCUACAACGCUUGGUUGCCAUUUUCUCUGGUUAGAGCACUGCUAAGGCAUAGGACAAUGGAUUUUCGACUAAGAAGUCCUGUAAUGAAAAGGUACGUUGCCGCCAUCGUUUUGUCUGUUUUCUUGAGCACAGCAUCGGCUGUUACACAUUAUUCUGUUACUGAAGAAAUGGAGGCAGGUUCCGUGGUAGCCAAUUUAGCAACGGAUCUUGGACUGGAUAUUAGGACUUUGAUCAAACGUAAGAUAAGACUGGAUACAUUGUCUAAUAAAAAAUAUUUGGAUAUUAACAAAGAAACAGGCGAGUUGUUGAUCAUGGAGAAGAUUGAUCGUGAAUAUAUUUGUACCACUAAAUCUGCACCAACGUGCAUUUUGAAACUCGAUGCAACCAUAGAAGAUCCAGUAAGGAUGUUCAACAUUGAGCUGGAAAUUAUUGAUAUCAACGACAAUUCUCCACAUUUCAGAAGAGAUACAAUGCAUUUAGACAUUUCUGAAUCAACUCCUGUUGGAGAGCGUUUUUCAUUAAAUAAUGCAGUCGACCCUGACAUCGGAGUAAACUCAAUUAAAACGUAUUAUCUAAGUGACAGUGAUCAUUUUUCAAUCGAAAUCCAAACUGGUCGUGAUGGAUCGAAAUUUACAGAUUUAAUUUUGAAAAAGCCUUUAGACAGGGAGGAAGUGGGAGUUCAUAAUCUGAUACUCACUGCUGUAGAUGGCGGAGUUCCUGCGCGCUCUGGCACAGCCAGCAUCAUUGUGCGCGUUCUUGACACAAAUGACAAUGCCCCGCAGUUUGAUAAAGACAGCUACACAAUAAACAUACCGGAAAACUCUCCGAUUGGAAGCAUUGUAGUAAAAUUAAAUGCAACCGACGCCGAUGACGGAUCUAAUUCCGACCUCACCUACGCAUACAGUUUAUAUACAACAGAAAAAACGCAGCAAACGUUUAGUUUAAAUCCAGAUACUGGAGAAAUAAAAGUAAAAGAAAUGAUUAAUUACGAGGAUUUCAGGAUUUAUGACAUGGAAAUUGUUGCAACAGACAAAGGAGCAAAUUCCUUAUCUGGGAAUUGUAAAGUAAGAAUUUUAAUCUCGGACAUGAAUGAUAAUCAUCCACAAAUAUCAAUUAGGUCUUUCACGAGUCCAGUCAAAGAGAAUGUAGUGGUAGGUACAGUUAUUGCAGUGAUUAGUGUGAAUGAUAAAGAUUCCGGAGAAAAUGGUCAAAUUGACGUUGAUAUUUCUGAAAAAUUACCGUUUGCUCUAAAGGAAUCAUCAGAUAAAUAUUACGAGCUCAUAGUUUCAGAACCUUUGGACCGCGAAAAGGUUGCAGAGUAUGACAUCACAUUUACCGUUACGGACAGAGGAAACCCUCCAUUAUCCGAUAACGAAACUCUAACUCUAGAACUGCUAGACGUUAACGACAACGCCCCGCAGUUUCCCCGAUCUUUUUAUACACUACAGGUUAUGGAAAAUAAUUCACCUGGAGCUUUACUGAGUGCCCUCACUGCACACGACCCAGAUCUCCAUGAAAAUCAGUAUCUCGUUUAUUUCAUAAUAGAAAAAGAAAUAAUAAAUACUUCUAUGUCCAUGCUCUUCUCCAUUAAUCCGGAGAACGGUAAUCUUUACGCACUAAAAACGUUUGAUUAUGAAAUAGAGAAGGAGUUUCUUUUUCAUAUUGAGGCCAGAGAUUCUGGAGUUCCUCCACUGAGCAGUAACGUAACUGUUCACAUUAUUAUCAUGGACCAGAAUGACAACACUCCUGUUAUAGUGUCUCCAUGGCGCGCGCACGGCUCAGUGGUUGAAGAAAAAAUACCGAGAUCCACCGAUAAAGGAACUCUGAUAGCCAAAGUAAUUGCUAUAGACACUGACUCAGUGCACAACUCCCGCAUUACAUACCAGUUUCUUCAGAACACCGAUGCUACAUUAUUCAGCCUGGACCAGUACAAUGGAGAGAUCCGGACCACGAGAAUGUUCAGUUACAGAGACUCACGCCACCAGCGGCUGGUGGUAAUCGCCAAGGAUAACGGAGAGCCCUCACUCUCUGCUACAGUUACCAUCAAAUUAUCCACGGUGGAAACCGCUCUAAAAAGCUAUGCUGACAUGACUGAAGUGCCUUUAGAAUAUGACAUCUUUUCAGAUUUAAACUUGUAUCUGGUAAUUGGACUGGGUUCAGUGUCAUUCCUGUUGCUGAUCACUAUAUUGGUGACCAUCGUGCUGAAAUGUCAGAAACCAAAGGCCAGUAAAGGUGCUCCUCCCUGUAGGAACAGUGUGAUCAGUGAGAGGAACUCUACCAUCGCAGAUUCCACUCUGGUGUCCAACGAUGCCUACUGGUACAGUUUAUUUCUAGCAGAGACCAGAAAAGGAAAGCUGGUAGUUAGACAACCUGUGCCAAAGGGGUCAAGAUACAUUGUGUCCAGUAUACCGAGGAGCACAGGACUGACUGAGACUAGUGACUCAGCUGCAUCUACUCUACAGUACUCAAAAUGAGAGAUGUCCCUUCUCAUGCUGAAGGCCUCUACCACCACCAGUAGCAGUUCCUCAUGAGCCUUCAUUCCAUGUCCUGUUGCUCAAGUGAUGCUGAGAAGAACCUGAUCUACAAAAAUGGAGCGUCUCAUUCCUGCAUACCUGUUUGCUGAUUUAGAACCUGUGUCUCUAUUCAGAUUUUUUCUUAAUACACCAAUUGUACAUUGUCUUUGCAUUUUGUCAGUAAUAAUUGUGUAAAUUUAACACACCUGAUUGGAAAUGACUUCAGUUCUUGUUGGGACUAAUGGAUGUUCUUACCUAGUAGAGGAUUUUUCCACUCCCAAUCAGAACAGUGUUUACGACCAGGCUCCUUGCAUGGAUCUGCAUGGCUAUAUCUAUGGACAUUUGUUUACUUUAUAUAAACUUUUUAGACUUUUCACUGUCUGACACCUAAAUUUUCAAGUGAGCUUGGUGAAAGCCUAAAAUAAACAUAAAAUGUAGAACAACACAAAAAGCACAAAGAAGUGUCAUUAAGCUGAUAGGACCCUGAAAUUGUGCAUGUGGUGAUAGCCUCGAACGGUCCAUGUUCCGCUUUUCCCUAAUGGAUGUCAAAUCAUUACAUUUAUGUUUCCACUAUGUGUUAUGCCGUAUGUGUAUUGCUGGCUUGGCAAAUUAAAAUUGUGAAAAACAAAUUACACAUGUUCCAUUUAAAUAAUUUGUAUUGCAUUGCCAAAAAUAUAUUUCUUCACUGUUUUUAAGUUGCUUUACAGUUGAAUUGUAACCCAGCUUUGACCAUUUGUUCAAAAAGUAUCCCAAGCCAAAUCGGUUCAUUCUGAUUAUGUUUUUCAUUUUACAUGAAUUAACCAUUAUUACACAAAAUAAACAUGUACCAUAUCAAUUUCAUAUGACUAAUUUUAGUCAUAUAAAUCUUGAACAUGUUUACUGUAAAUAAGCACAUAUUAGACUGAAUACAGUAGAAAGGCAUAUAGCUUGUAUUAUAUUAACAUUUAGCAUUUAAAAUGUCUUCAUACUAUUGUGUAGACUUUACUGCAAUCUUAAAUUACUAUAAAAUAAGACAAAACAACAAGGUUUUGGUGGUGUCUUGUUCCAUUUUAGUGUGUUUUAUUUGUGUUAUGGCAAUUAUUAUGAUUUUACUAAAAAUGUAUGACUUUCUUAUUGAAAUUUUAUCCUUUGUUUCAGAUGUUCAAAACUGAUUUAGUGUUUUUUUGUUUUAUAAACUAAAAAAAGUGUCUUUUUGUUUGCAAAGUGUUAUGCUGGUGGUGCAUUAUUUAGAUGGUUGUGUUAACCUAUAGUAUGAACUGCAUCAAUUUUGUACUCUGCAGUUGUUUUAAAUGCUGAGAAAAUGGCUUAUUAUUUGUGUAUCACAAUCAGAAACGUCUUGUUAAAAUAUAUGCAGGCUUCUGAUGACAUUCCCAGGCAGGACAUAAACACCAAGAGGUUAUAGGCCAGUAUGUUGCAUGGCACACUAACAUAUGAAUUAAUAGAUAGAAAGGCAUAAGGGGGUUUCAUUAUGAUUUGUCAUAUGAGCUAUCAAUUUAUGUAUAGAGGGAACAGAAGGAAAUAUUCACCCUUUCUUACACCUCUUUUCCACUGCAAAACUGUUUAUAAGCCAUCAAAUAUUACUUGUGCACAAACUCAAUUUCAAACACAACAUGUUCUGCCUGAAAGAAAUUUCAUCAGAUUCUGUCUAACCUUCUAAACUUCAACUUUAUGACUCUGUGUACAUCAUAAUAUACAUAAUACACAUGUGGUCUGUACAUUUUUAUGAAAAGGUAGAAAUAGAUAUAAAAAAAGUAUUCAGUUGUGCUGAUAUAGGGAUGCUUUUUUAUUACAGCUAAUGUAAUGCAAGCAGUACAGCUAAAUGGAAUUAACCUGUAUAUCCUGUAUGUAGUUUAAAUCAGAACAUAGGUAUUUGAUUUUCACUGUCUGGAUUUUAAUGGUAUUGUGUUGCAAUAAAGUAAGUAAAUGAAAGUAAUGAUACUGAUAAAAAUCAUUACGUGUGACAAAAGGAAAACCGUUCUGUAUUCUGCUGCAUGAUACAAUGCUAUGCUUUUUGUAUGUGUACAUACAGGGUGUAUAACUAAAAUGGUUAAUCUUUAAAAAUAGCAGUGAGCUGACUUACCACCCUUUACCUUCUUUUUAUUAUUUGUAUUUUUAUUAUACCUUUCAGUUUAACUCAUAAGCUUGGUUUAUAUGAACAUUUAGAGUUGUGCUACUAAUUGUAUUGCAUACCUCUCUCUUCUUGUGAUUGCAAAAAUGUGAUUAAUAUCCUUCAAAGGAUGUUGUAUUCUCUUUACAUCACCAUUGACUUAUGUAAUAAAC